AUGGAUCCAGCGACUGCCAUUGGCGUAGCCUCAGGCGUCAUUGCCUUCAUUGACUUUUCCUGGAAGUUAGUCACCGGCGCUAAGAACCUCUAUGACAAGGGAGAAACACAAACCACAGAAAAUGUGCGCAUCGGAAAAAUCAUCAAAGACUUGAAGGAGUUCUCACUCAACCUCGACGGGGGCUCUCUCGGUACAUCCACGCAUGAGAAGGCACUGAGGACUCUUGCGACAGACUGUGGCGAUCUUUGUCAGGAGCUCAUCAAUAUCUUGGAGAAGUUGAAGGCCAAGAGAAAUUCACGAUGGGAAACUUUCAAGACGACAUGGGCUAGCAUGCGCAGAGCGGAUGACAUUAACGAUAUUGAGAGGCGAUUGGGAGAGUACCGUGCGGAGAUGAAUACAAGGCUUUUGGCCUUGGUCAAUGAGCAGCAAUCCGGGAUAAAGUCUCAGCUUGACGUUAUUCAGACCGAAGCAGAGAGACUAUCAUCCUCAUCUGCCACUGAGCUAAAACAGCUCAGAUCAGACUUUGUCAACCUUUUGCGCAAGCUGGAGGAGGACGAGGAUGACAGCGAAGUCAGCUCCGCAUCAUCAACAGGAACUGUUGCGCAUCAGGAGCUCUUCAGUUCGCUCAAUGAAAUAUCUCACAACCUCGCCCGACUUGAAGGGUUCAUGCAAACAACGCCGAUACAAACUCGAAUAUUGGAGAAUCUAUAUUUUGAAGGCAUAUUCAACCGAGUCGACUCAAUUGAGAAGGCUGGCGAAGACACGUUUGAAUGGAUUUUGCAGACCGAUCCAGAAUUUCAAGAAUAUCUCAGGUCCAAAACCCAGUCGAGUUCAUACCGGGCUUCACGAUAUGAUAACUUGGAUAACGAUUCUGGAUCAGAUGCCUCCUCCUCGGCACGUCUUAGCCCUCAUCCCAAAGCUAAUGGCUUGAAAUUUGCCAUGUCUUCGAGACAAGAGCAGUGUAUGAAUGACGGCAGACGUCGAUUUCAGGAUUGGCUCUCUGCUGACCGCGGUAUCUUCCACAUUUCUGGUAAAGCAGGAUGUGGAAAGUCGACUCUCUUGAAGCUUAUUGUUGGCCACGAGAAGACUGCUCAAGCUCUUCAGAAAUGGGUAGGGGAGAACAAGCUUAUACUCUGUUCGUUCUUCUUCUGGAGAUCGGAUGGUGACAAAUACCAGAGGACAUUGACUGGCAUGCGCCGAUCCGUUUUGUUUUCAACGCUUCAACAAUGUCCUCACCUAAUACCUAUGGUUCUGCCACAGCAAUGGCACCACGUCUCCGUGAACCCAUCUAGCAAAACACUGGAGUCGGAGCUGUUCCGAUCAUCGAAAAUAGAUGAGGCUUUCGACCGUCUCAUAGCCCUAUCAGCAGAGUCGGACGAAAUGGGUCUCAAAUGGUGUCUGUUCAUUGACGGCCUUGACGAGUAUGAUGCCAGCAAUUACGAUCAACGAGCUUUUGCAAGAAGUCUUCGGGAUUGGGCGAGGACAAGCUCUAUUAAGAUCUGCGUUACUUCCAGGCCGGAGGUUCACUUUCUCGACACAUUCAGCUCUCGAACUAGGAUUCACCUACACGAACUCACAGAUGCGGACAUCUACCAGUCAGCUCGCUGUACCUUUGAGAAAGAUGAAAUCUUCCCGCGUGUUUCCGAAUUCUAUUUGGAUCUUGUUGAAAGAAUUGUCAAGUUGGCUGAAGGUGUAUUUCUCUGGGCUAGACUCGUUGUCAAAAUGCUUAUCACGGAAGCCUGCUUGCACAGCAGCUAUAUAGCACUCCGGGCCAAGCUUCGUAGCACUCCCAUUCAGCUCGACGAUCUGUACGACACCAUUUUUUCCGCUAUGAGUCGAGACGAUAAGAGGAAAGCAUAUUUCCUUCUUCUGCUCAUUGCAACAAACCCAUUCACACAUAGCGUGAACUCCACAGUGUUUGACUAUAUCGACAGCGAAGGGAAUUUGAGGAUAGGACGCAAUCUUCCGGAGUACACGUACUAUGUUGUUGCUGAGAAUGAGGAGCGACUAUCCAGGCAGAUACAAAACCUCUCUAAAGGCCUUUUGGUUCUUUCUCGCACUGCAGACUCGAGUCCUUUCCUCGAAUUGGGUAUCAAAGGAAUCCGCUUCUUCCAUAGAACCGUUAAAGAUUAUGUUCUCACGCCAUCUCGAACAACAGAAUUCCAGCACAUGUUUCCGACAUACGAUUCUCACGUUACUCAUGUAACUUUGCGUAUGGUGGAAAUAAUUCGAACCCCUCUCCGGCUCUGCGAUAUCGAGGAGUUCACAGACUACUUCUUGAAGACCUUAGACUCGGAAGUUGUUCUCAGUCUUGCUACGAUGCGGAUACUAGAGUUGGUUUGGAGAGAAAAGUUCAAUAGUCUCUUGGGCAUUUGGUCGCUCGAAUACGGUCUUGAGCUGAAACUAUCAAGUAGCUUUUCGGCGCCGGAAGAAUCAUUUCUUACUGUUGCUGUACUAUACGGACACAUACAGUACCUCCAGAACCACUUGGAGCACAUUCAGAAUGUCACAACCAUCCCCUCCCACGGACACGAGCCAAAUUCUCACUCUGCUACGGCAAAGUCUCCCGUUACUGGCUCAGUGCAACAAGGCGAUCGCUUGUUGCUAAGCGCAGUUCUUGCGCGCAGACAUUGCGCACCAAUGAUUGAGAUGCUGAUGUCAAUGGGACAUUCCAUGAAACAGCAGAUCGUCAUGCGCGGCGGCGACGCUGCGAACACGCACACUAGCAGAUCAAUAUCUCUGUGGAUGAUAUUUGUCCAUCAUUUUGUGAGCGGCCUGUUGCAUAGCAGGCAUUUUCAAGAAGGAAGGGGAAUACUUUUGCAAGUUGCUGCUCUCGAGAGAAUUCUCGCAGCCGAGGCGCAGGAUAUGACUUUCAUCCUCAUCUUUCUACGAGAUAGGAACUGGAGAGUCGAAAGCCAUUUUGAUGGUAAUGAACAACCAAAGACGUCAGCAAUUAUUUACACAUCGACUGUCUCCGAAUUCAUUACUUUGUGUUUAUGCUUUCAGCGUCAUGCCUCAGACCCUAGAUCACCCGCUCUGUCACUUUCAGACCACAGCCAGGGAAACAGAUCUGUCCCUGAAUGGGUCAAAACAAAAGUAGGGCUCAGGGAUUCUUCAGAAAUACAACUUCUGCCAACAGACUGGUUCAAGGAUGGUCUCGAUAACAGCGAGCUCUUUCGGGAGAAUUAUUUUAUGCUGCUUGCUAUCGUGACCAAAGAAGAAGCAAUUUUCCAAUCACCUACAAGCGGCAUUGCUCCUACUUUACGACUCUGGUAG